AACUCCAUCUAUAGCUUGUUGGUUGACAUUUAUUCAAGAUUUUUUUGUUAUCACAAAUGAUACUGAAACUUGUUAUUUGUGAUAAUAUACAACUUUGACACAGGUUGUUGUUUGCUGUAGAUAAAUGACAAAUUUCAAGAAGUACAUAAUAUAAAUGUUUUUUAGGACUGAAAACGUGAGGAGACAAUUGUCAAUCUUGACAAUCUUAUGCCUUAACCUUUAAAAUUAAUUUUAAAGGUUAAGGCAUAAGAUUAAUUGGCUUGUAAGACACAUUUAUUUUUUAAAUAUGAAUUAUUAUUUUUGGUCUGGAGGUAAAAGAGAAUUAUAAAGUUCCAUUUUUACAAUUUACAUGCCAAUUUAUCUUACAAGCAUAUGAUACAUUGACUUGCAAAUAUCAAUUACUACUACUACUAUCAAUAAUAAUAAUAAUAAUUAUAAUAAUAUUAACUAUACUAUUUUUGGUUUCGAGGUAAAGGAAGAUUAUAAAGUUAUUUUUCUUUUUUACAAUUUGCAAGCUAAUUUAUGGGCAUAAAAUGAUAUUGCUUCUAAAAAUAAUCUUCCACUAUUCAAUCCCACUCUAUAAUAAUUUCAACUAUGAGGUACAACUAAAUGGAGAUUACAUUUUUUUGCUCCUUUUUUUGUUGCUUUUUUUGCUCAUGUGAGGAGGAGGGAUGUUUUUUCCAGCGUGUAGUGGCGGUUUGUCCGACGGUCCAGUAAGGCAGCAUAAAGCCGUGCAGCAGACAGUGAAGGGUUAAACUGGGUAAUAGGAUGAAUGGAGAUUGUGGUGAGCAGCAUCCCAUUACACAGACGCCAGGAGGCAGCGGAGGGGGGAGACACUUAUUAUCCAACAGCAUCUCAUUACACAGACGGCAGGAGGCAGCGGAGUUAUUAUCGAACAGCCCAAACUACUUGUCAUUCCCCUCCGGAGAACAAACACCAUUUAUUUGAACUUUUCACUCCGGAACUUGACUGUUUAACCGAGGAGAGAAGCGAUAUCUGGUGGAGAGGCGAGGCGGUCAGACCGGAGAGGAGAGGAGAGCCGCUGAAGCUCCGAGAGGAGUUCUGGUUUGUUCCUCAAGGUCGGAGAGAAACAGUCUUUUCUGUAGCCGCCAUCAUUCCGUGCUGUAAGGCCGACCCCAAAAUGUCUUCCAAUGGAGACCUCAGCGACCUGGGGAGCUCUGACAGCUUCUGGGAGCCGGGAAACUACAAAAGGACGGUAAAGCGGAUAGAUGAUGGUCACCGGCUGUGUAAUGAGAUGGUCAGCUGCUUCCAGGAGAGGGCCAAGAUAGAGAAGAGUUACGCUCUGCAGCUGAGCGACUGGGCCAAGAGAUGGAGGGGCGUCGUGGAGAAAGGUCCUCAGUAUGGUACGCUGGAGAAAGCGUGGCACGCCUUUAUGCAGGCGGCCGAUCGGCUCAGUGAGCUGCAUCUGGAGCUGCGGGAGCGGUUAGCGGGCGAGGACAGCGAGAAGGUGCGCGACUGGCAGAAGGACGCCUUCCACAAGCAGAUGAUGGGAGGCUUCAGGGAGACCAAGGAUGCAGAUGACGGCUUCCGCAAAGCCCAGAAACCCUGGGUCCGCAAACUAAAAGAGGUAGAGGCCAGUAAGAAGAGCUACCAGCAGGCCAGGAAGGAGGAGUGGACGGCGGUGACCAGAGAAACGCACGCCAAGGCUGACCCGACCAAGUCGCAGGAGGAAGUCCGCAAAUACUCGACCCGGGCGGAGCGCUGCAGCGAGGAGGCAGAUAAGGUGAAGGAGCGCUACACGAAGGCCCUGGAGGAGCUGAACCGCUGUAACCCUCGCUACAUGGAGGACAUGGAGCAGGUGUUCGACCUCACCCAGGAGGCCGAGCGCAGGAGGCUGCGCUUCUUUAAAGACGUUUUGCUGGACAUCCACAAACACCUCGACCUGUCCGCCAAAGAAGGGUUCAAAGCCUUGUACCGGGACCAGGGUCAGACCAUCCAGGCAGCCAAUGACACUGAAGAUCUCAGAUGGUGGAGGAACACCCAUGGACCGGGCAUGAGCAUGAACUGGCCACAGUUUGAGGAGUGGUCUCCGGAGGCGAGCCGCUCCAUUAGCAGGAAGGAGCGAGGUGGACACUCUGAGGACAACGUGGUCACCCUCACCAACAUCGUCUCCUCAGGUGGAGACGACGUCCCACCGAGUCCCAUCACCCUGGACACCGGCAGGGUGAAAGAUUAUUCAUCAGACUGGUCAGACGAGGAGAGUCCUAAGAAGGUGCUGGCGGUGAACGGCGUGGGGGAGGCGGAGGAUGAGGAGGAUCAGGUAGAGGGGGUGCGAGUCCGAGCGCUCUAUGAUUACACGGGCCAGGAGGCCGAUGAGCUCAGCUUUAAAGCAGGCUUUAGAACAUCUAGCCCCGUGACGGGAGACUUUGACCAAUCACAGGCGAGGAGCUGCUGAGGAUGGGGGAGGAGGACGAGCAGGGCUGGUGUAAAGGACAGCUGAGCAGCGGCCAGGUGGGCCUCUACCCCGCCAACUACGUCCAGGUCACUGCCUCCUGAUGGCCCGCCCCCUCUGGUCGCCCAGCCAAUUGUACAACUACACUCAAGAUGCCAGGACCAAUCAGAAGCUAUUAGUGCUGACACGUAGACGGUGAAAGCAGACAGUUUUUGGUUACUGACUGUAAAACUCCUCACUUGACUUUGUUUGUUUUUCUGUUGUUUGAGCUGCGUUUUCUGAAAAUCCGACACUUGUUGUGGCUUGCUGUUUCCUCAGCCCGAGGUCAACGACAUUGUUGUUUGAAAGAAGCUUUACAGGCAGAGAGAAGUCUCCAGAGAUCAACACCAACAGACACUGUAGAAAAACAUGGACGCAAGUUCUCUGACGGGAUGUUUUUAUCAAACUCUGGAUUAUUGGUUUUCUGCUCGCUGCCAUCAUUUUCAGUUACUAGAGUCAGAAAAAGAGAUUUAAUCAAAGAGGACAAAACCUGAGAGGAGCAGCAGUGAGAGCUACUGCCAUGACUGACUGUGAUUGGCUGAAACAUCUGUCAAUCAAACACACCCUGAAACUUAUGAAAGAAAUAGUUUGACAUUUUGUGGAAUAAGCUUAUUGACUCUUUUUAGCAGAGUUAGAUGAGAAGAUGGAUACCAAUCUCAUAUGUCAUAUAAGGCUAAAGCCACAGCCCGGUAACUUAGCUUAGCUUAGCAUAAAGGCUGGAAUUUUUACGGAAAGUCCCAUUAAUUCUUUUGCAAAUGUUCCGUGAGCACUUCUACGGCUCGGAUCGCCGUGAAACUCACAGUGGAGUCAGUAAAACGACACAACAACCAGCAGCAGAACAACUGCUUUAGGAAAUAUCUCAUUCUUUGAUUUAACAAGUCAAUUACAAGCUACAAGCAAGAAGCACUCUGAGGUUCAAACUGUGACUGCUAACAGUAACAACUCCAGUGUUGAGAAGGCUAGGCAGGUUUCGUUACCUUUGGUCAGAGCCAGGCUAGCUGUUUCCAGUCCUUAUGCUAAGCUAA